GAAGAGGAGAAAGAAGGGAGUGGUGAGAGAAAGGAGAACUGGAACAAGGGAAUUGCGAACGUAGCUUAUUCAGUGGUCGAAUUGGAUCGGUUGACUGAUUUCCCGUUUUCGGUGAAGCAGGACACCGGACAUAUUCUUCUCAACACUCCACUGAAUUAUGGAAAAGCUCGAGAGUAUCGUUUCUUGGUAUGCUUGCAUUCCGAAAAUCACAUGACUGCCAAAGCAGUGUCAGUGGUGACAGUAAGAAUAAUUGACGUAAAUGAUAACAGACCAGAAAUUGAAAACUCGCAGGAGCGUGUACGGAUUCCUGAAGACUCACCUGUCGGAAGCAGUGUUGCUGUUUUCUCCAUCUCAGAUCCUGAUUUUUCUGGGUCAAAUCCAAAAAUUCACUACUUUUUGAAAGAGGGUAACGACAAUGCUACUUUCAAGCUAAAUGAAGAAACUGGCUGGCUAACUCUAGCAAAAGAACUUGAUAGAGAAUUGAUUGGAGAGUACAAGCUAGUCGUGAAUGCGAGAGAUGAGGGUCGACGUGCCGUCCAAAAAACAAUAACAGUAGUGGUCAAAGAUGUUAACGACUCGCCUCCGCAGUUCAGGCAAAAGAAUUACUUUGCUCAGUACAAUUUGGACGAACUAAAAUCCGGACAGAAAAUUCUCAGGCUCGACGUUCGC